UUGUCUGGCAUUUCGGUCUGGAUUCAUGAGGUUUGAAAUGUUUCCGUGUGCAUCCAGUCACCUGCUUUCCUCCCGUGAUACGGGAAAUUAGCACAUCUAAUUACUUAAAAAAAAAAAAUCCAUUUGAACACCCAGAAGUAAACCCUCUCUCAGUCUCCUCACCCAAGGGAAGAAACCAAACGCCAUGGCGGUCCCCCUCCGCUACUUCCAAGUCCGCGACGUCUCUGCCGCUCACCGCGCCGGAGACCACAGCCUCCCUGCCCGAAACCCCUUCCUGCCGGCCAUCUCCCUCCCCUCCUCCUCCCGCCUCUUCUCCUCCUCAGCCACCGCCGCCUCUUCCCUCCUUUCCCUCAGCUCCUCAAAACCUAACCUCUGCCGCGCCUUCCCCUCACCCGAUGCCCCUGAUCUCGGCGGGGGAGGCGGCGAUGGAAAACGCCCUGGGAGUGGUGGAGGCGGCGGAGGCGAUGGCUUCCCCGAGGAGCCCUCUGAUGGCGCUGCCGGCCCCCUCGUUCUCCUCCUCAGUGGAUGGAGGUCGCGGGUCGCCGCCGACCCCCAAUUCCCUUUCAAGGUCCUCAUGGAGGAGCUCGUCGGGGUGAGCGCCUGCGUCCUCGGCGACAUGGCCACCCGCCCAAACUUCGGCCUCAACGAGCUCGACUUCGUCUUCUCCACCCUCGUCGUGGGAUCCAUCCUCAACUUCGUCCUCAUGUACCUCCUCGCCCCCACCUCCGCCUCCGCCGCCGUCACCCUCCCCGGCGUCUUCGCCGCCUGCCCCCCCAGCCACAUGUUCGAGACCGGCCCCUACUCGCUCCUCUCCCGGCUGGGCACUUUUGUCUAUAAAGGUGCCACCUUUGCCGCCGUCGGUUUCGCCGCCGGGCUCGCCGGGACCGCAAUUUCGAAUGGGCUGAUCGCGUUGAGGAAAAAAAUGGAUCCUGAGUUUGAAACACCCAAUAAGCCGCCACCGACGCUGUUAAAUGCGCUGACAUGGGCGUUGCAUAUGGGUAUCAGCAGCAAUUUCCGGUACCAGACGUUGAAUGGCGUGGAGUUUUUGAUGGCGAAGGUGCUGCCGCCGGCGGGGUUUAAGGCGUCGGUGGUGGCUCUGAGGUGCAUGAACAAUGUGUUGGGUGGGAUGUCGUUUGUGGUGCUGGCGAGGUUGACAGGAUCGCAGAAGGUGGAGAAGGAGAAGGGGGAGGAGAAGAGGAGGCUGAUGGGGAAUGAGGCAGCACCGGUGGCAUUGGCAGAGGUUCGAGAUGGGGAGUUGCAGAGGGGCGAGUCAAGUAAGUGAAUUCCAACUAUUGUUUCUAACUUAUCCUUUUCCUAAGAAGGAUGAGAAAGAAAGUGGAAUUGAUUAUGAAGCAACAAAGAGAUUUUGUUGAAGGAAUGGUCUGUGUUUGGUGUAACUUAUCAACUUCAUUUAGGAACAAUGAAUAACUUGGGGAUUUCAAGCCCUUUGUGUGCUAAAUUUAAACUUCUGAAUGAGAGAACACCACUGCAGUUUUUUUCCUUUUCAUGGACAUGAUUCAUGAGAACGUUUGUGUUGCCUAGAGGUUCGUCUGUUAUGAGGCGAUUAGAUUGUCGAUGUAUGCUUUUCAGUUAUGUAGUCUGUAUCUAUUCAUGUUGAAAUUUUAAUGUUAUAUGACCUAAAUGUUUUUAAUUUAAGAAAAAACAUUUGGCUUCA